CAUGUGACCAUGACAUCAUUGUAGCUCUUUCCCGGUUUAACAUCGUAGCACAACCUAUCGUUUAGCCACAUGAUAAGCUCGAGUUGUAAAUGAAUACUGGGCCGGGUUUUCUUUAAAUAUCCUCGCUUGUCCACUACUUUAAUAGGCGUUCGUGUUCAUUUUAAUCCCACUCUUUACAUCAAAAUGACAGACAAACAGACACCCUCUACCCUUCAAUCUUAUGUUGACUCUGCUUCUGGUGCAGUACAAAGCGCCAUCGGCAGUCUCACCGGUAACACAGGUGACCAAGUAAAGGGUGAUGCCAAGCAAGACGCAGCCAAGGCUGAACAUUUAGCUUCGCAGGCUCACGCAAAGGUUGGCGGCACAACCAUUACUGCUGAUGGUGGUAUUGCUCAAGACCAUGCCGACCGAACUACUGGGUCCUGGAACCAGACACUUGGCUCUGCUAAAGAGGCCCUCGGCGGUCUCAUUGGCAGCGAGUCUCUCAAAUCCUCUGGGCGUGAGCAGAACUUACAAGGCCAACAGCAAGAGGCCAAGGGUCAACUACAGGAUCUUGCCAGUGGUAUUGGCGGUCGCCUUGAAGGCGCUAUUGGUGGUGCUAUUGCUGGGCUUACAGGCGAUGAGAAGGGCCAGGCCCACUAUGAUCAAAUGAGAGCUGAUGGUAAAGCUCAACAGCGGGGUGUUGAAGCUGACCUGCAGAAGAAGGCUGAGGCUGAGGCUGAUGCUGCUGCUGCGAAGGAGGAAGCCUCGUGAGCUGAAGACCAGUGGCUAGGUCUAAUUCCGACCUAUAUGUGAUGCAGAUAUGUGUUGGCAUCAGGUGCAAUUAAUGCUUUCCUAAUACCCUCAUCUGCUUGUCAAUGCAAUGCAUAGAUACCAAUUACGACCACAAUAUCACUACUUUUCUUACCC